CCAAACAACACGUCAAAAGAACCAAAAGGUAAACCAUUGAAUUGAAUCGAAUUUCAGAUCCUUCUUUAUCAAAUCGAAAAGACUCGCACGAAAGAAUCGAACAAAUCUACUGUAGAUUUUCAGCGUUUUUUCAUUCCUUCGAUCUCUCAAAAAUGGCGGACGUCUCUAGCCACCUUCAAGUUUUUCAUCGUCAAUCCAAUGCCCAAGAACAAGAACCACUUGCAGAUGUACAGACCGUGGACCUUUACGGUUUUGACUUCGCUCCUCCUUCUCCUCCCAAUCGCUCUUUUUUUAUGCCAUCUCGUUCUGUUCUGCACAAUUUCAUCUCCAAUUCGGAAGACACCGAAUCUGAUUGUUCGGAUUCUGUCAAUGAUCCGAUCUUUUAUGCCGAAGAAGAGCAAAUGUAUUCUGUUGACUCUCACGAAGAUUACGCAUUAGAUGAUAUAGAUUCAGUUUCCGAACCAUUUUUGGGUCCUCCGGAUAAUUAUGCCUAUUGUGGGAAUUUCGGGUCCAGUCCCACUGAUCAUCUGGGCGGCGAGCUAGGGUUAGGAUUUGGGAUUGAAUUUGAUACGUUGGCUUUUGACUCUGACUCUACAAGAGACAAGGAGAGAAGAACAUCCCAAUCCGAUGUUGAUUUUUCAACCACUACAGGACAGUCUUCCCAAGCUCUAAAAGACCAAGAGCUACUAAUGAUUACUGGUUUUUCUAGCUAUGCUUCCUUGCCUUGUAUAGCACGAGCCUGUGAUAUCCCAACAGAAAAUUAA